AUGAACCUCAUUGGGAGCUACCAGCACCAUCACCUGAUGCAUGAAUCAUUUCCAUUUGUGCAAAGGUGUCAUCAAGACAACCCUUACUUCCAAAGCUGGGUGGUGAACCAUGGAGAGGUCCAUCCGGACUUUCACAUCCAGCCCUCGUACCCCACUGAACUGGGGGCCCCCGGGCCUGCACAGGACACCCAGCUGGAGGCCUUGUCGGGUCGUAUGGGGAGGAGACGGGCGUCCGGGCCGAAGAAGGAGCGCCGGAGGACAGAGAGCAUCAACAGUGCCUUCGCGGAGCUCAGGGAAUGUAUCCCAAACGUCCCCGCAGACACAAAACUGUCCAAAAUAAAGACACUGAGACUGGCAACCAGCUACAUUGCAUACUUAAUGGAGGUACUUGCCAAAGACACAGGAGACAGAGGGGACACGGAGACAGAGCCAGAGGGUUUUAGGGCUGAGAUCAGAAAAGUGGACAGCAGAGAGAUGAAGAGGAAACGACAAACAGAUGACGGACAGCGGGACUCGUUAGGGAAUGAGAAGAAGUGCAAAGGAAGGACCGGCUGGCCGCAGCACGUCUGGGCGCUGGAACUCAACCAGUGA